AAUUGCAAAGGAGCAUCAAAACGGCGUCAUAUUGGGUUAGGAGGUUUUAUACAAAGAAAAAGGCCAACAAAGCAAUUUCAGGUUAAACACAACGACGACAAACACCGUAAUUAGGGACUUGAAACCAUAUACGGAAUACUGCAUCCAAACUCAAGGGUUCACGAAGUUGGGGAGUCGCCAUUCAGCCCCUGCAUUUAUGUCAGGACAAUGGAAAGCGAUGAGUUACCAGUCGUUAAGGAAGGUGACAACAUGGUUGGUGUAAUAGCUGGUGUUCUGGGAGUGCUGAUACUUAUCGUGAUCGCCAUCAUAGCAAGUCAUCUGUAUCAAAGAUCCAACAGGCCACCCAAUGCUAACCUUAAUGUGGAAAGUCAAAAAAAGGAGUUUGAAGUGAGGCGCUCCAAUGCAAGAGUUACAGCUGUGGAAAGCGACCAAACACAAGAGAAUUUAACCUUGGUCCCUGUGGGUGUUACCACUCAGUUGACAGUUUCUGAAAGUACUGAGCGUCGCAACCUGGAAACCGAAAAAUCCAGCUUAGUAUAUGAAGAAAUCGACCCGUCUUCACCUGGAGUGAUGGUACUUUCAUGCUUUUGGGUAAUUGUUCUGGGCCGAAGUUUCAAUCUCGCUAAGAAUGAUGCCUAUCAUAAGCUAUUUCGUGAUGUGUUGUUGAAUUGUUGGCAACGCGUCGGUGGUGUGUUCGUAAAUUCUCGGGGAAGUGUUAUUAACAUAACGAUGGAGGGUUGGUAACGUGUGUCCGUAAUGUGCUAACGAUUAUCUUCUAUCUUUGUAAAAUCUUUUUAACUAAGUAGAUAUUGCGUUUUUUGUUGAGCAUUUUUAUAAAAGGGUAAGGGCUUACUGUAGUACUUGGAACGCGAGCGUUUCGUUGUCGUAUUACCACACUGACAUCGCACAUUGAGGUGCAUAUCGGU